CCCGGCCAUGGCUUUGUAGCCGCGACCCCUUUGUGCCCCCCGCCCGUCUCCGCGCUCACCGCGCCUGCGCUCUCCGCUUCCACCUUCUUUCUUCAGCCGAGGCCGCCGCCGCCUCUCCUUUCCGCAGCCAUGGAGUUCUCCACCUUUGCCUUGGUGCCAGCCUUCACCCAGCUGAACUACCGCCAGAGCCACCUCCCAGCUGCUGGUGCAGCCUCCUGCAUUGCCAUUGGUGCCCAGGGCCUCUACAGCAAUGUCACUCCUGGCGACCCUGGGGCUGGAGUUGGACAGGACCCUGCUCCCAGCUAGCGGGCUGGGCUGGCUCGUGGACUAUGGGAAGCUCCCCCUGGCUCCUGCCCCCCUGGGUCCCUAUGAGGUCCUUGGGGGAGCCCUGGAGGGCGGGCUUCCAGGGGGGGGAGAGCCCCUGGCAGGUGACGGCUUCUCUGACUGGAUGACUGAGCGAGUUGACUUUACAGCUCUCCUUCCUCUGGAGCCCCACUUGCCCCCAGGGGCCCUCCCCCCACCAUCCCCUGGGGAAAAGAAUAGACCAACUGGACCAUAUCAAAUAUGGGUCAGAUACUACUGCCGCAGUGAGGCCGCUGGGCAGGGAGAUGCAGGGAUGGGGCCCCUGUCUCCACCACACCAGCCCCCUCCUCCUCCACCCCAACCCUCUCGCCCUGCCCCAUACCCCAAUCCUGUCACCACCCGAGGGGACCGCAAGCAGAAGAAGAGAGACCAGAACAAGUCAGCGGCUCUGAGGUAUCGCCAGAGGAAGCGGGCAGAGGGCGAGGCCCUGGAGGGCGAGUGCCAGGGGCUGGAGGCGCGGAACCGGGAGCUGAGGGAGCGGGCUGAGUCGGUGGAGCGGGAGAUCCAGUACGUCAAGGACCUGCUCAUCGAGGUGUACAAGGCCCGGAGCCAGCGCGCCCGCAGCAGCUAGCCGGGCAGGCUCUGGGUGGGGGUGGUCUGCAGAGCUGCCUCACGUCCCUCACCCCUCCCAGCUCCUUCCAGAUCUCUUCCUCUGCCGGUGUCCUCAUCUCCUCUCUCACCCAUUUCUGGAUCUGGCAUCCACCCUCCUGCCUAGAGUCAUGGAGUGUUUGGCCUCAGUCAGUGUCUGCACUCUCACGGCCGAGCAGAGCAAGGAUGGAGGCCCAGUGCAUUCAGGGGGGAGCUUGCCUUUCAAAUCCGGUUUCUCAUAGGUUGUUAUUGGUGAGGGUGGCGUGGCCUUGGGAUGGAGCACUGACUGAGGCCAGAAAGCAGGCAGUGACUGCAAGUGAGAGUGAGAGUGGGGAGGUUAAGAAAGGGACCCACAUACUCUAGAAGAGCAAAGCUGGUGACCUAGGGCACCAGAGGUGGCCAAGUUGAAGGCAGCUGGGGAGGGGAGAGGGCGGGGGCUGGCCAUAGCUGGUGGCUGGGUACUUUAGCUCAGAGGAUAUCAGUGUUUUGUGAAGGUGUUGGGGGAUGGGCUGCGGGCUGCAUCUAGGUGAAGGGUGGGGACUGAUCCUUUGCAGGUUCUAAGCAGAAAUAAAAUGAAUUUCCUCUA